ACUAGAAAUAUGGCUGCAACACAAUUAUAUAAGUCUCCCUCAUGUCUGACGCUAAGUGUUUCACUUUAAAAAGGGGUGGAUCAUGGUUAAACUAAUGGUAGAAAUGUAACAUAAAUAUAUAUUCAAUAUAAAUUAUAGUUGAGAGUUGAAAAGGACAACCUGGAAGAACACCCAACACCCCUUCACCCAAAAUAAAAACAAAAAAAUUCAAAAAAAUGAAAAUAAAGGAGGGAGAAAGGGAAAGAAGAAGAGGAAGAAAGGAACUUCCAACUAUGAGUAGGAGUAUGAACCAUUAACCAACCCUUAAGCACAAAGCUAUAGUUACACCUACCUCUGUGUGCAGUCUUUUCUUUUAAGCAAAAAUCUCAAAACCUCUCCAUCAGAGAAUCACACCACCUUUUCAAAGUAUUACAUUAUUUCCACCUUUUCUGGUCUCCAUUCCUGCGCUUCAACAAAACCAAACAAGACCCAAAAAACUAAAAAUAAAAAAAGAACUGCAGCUUAUACUAGUGUAUGCUAGCUUGAUGGGGUCAAUUCAGACUCCAUUACCAGUUCGAAGUUCAGGUUUGCUCGAAAAUUCAUGUGGAUAUCUGCUUCAAGAACUGCAGAUGAUAUGGGAUGAAGUUGGAGAAGAUGAGAUUGAAAGGGAGAAGGUGUUACUUGAUAUUGAGCAGGAGUGUCUUGAAGUUUACAGGAAGAAAGUCGAUUAUGCAAACAUGGCAAGAUCACGUCUACAUCAGGAACUGGCUGAAUCUGAGUCUGAAUUUACUCAGCUUCUUCUGUCACUUGGCGAACGGUCUCUUCCUGAAAGGCCAGAGAAGAAGGCAGGGACUUUGAGAAAACAGAUAGAUUCGCUAAAGCCGGCUUUAAGGGAAAUGCGGCUAAGGAAACGAGAGAGAAUGAACCAGUUCCAAGCAGUUCAAGGGCAAAUACAGAAGAUUAAAGUAGAAAUUGCUGGUCUUUCGGAAUAUGAUGAUUCUGCAUCAUCUAUGACAGUCAAUGAAAAUGAUCUUUCAUUGAAGAAACUUGAAGAAUGCCAUGCUGAGCUAAAAAAAUUGCAAAAUGAGAAGAGCAACAGACUACAAAAGGUGGAACAGUAUACUAGCCGAAUCCAUGACUUGGCUGCAUUAUUGGGUAUGGAUUCCUCGAUGACUAUUACGAAGAUUCAUCCAAGCUUAAAUGAGUUGUGUGGUAUAGCCAAGAAUAUAAGUAAUGACAUUUUGGUUAAGCUAGAAGAAACUGUAAAAUCUCUCGAAGAAGAAAAACAGAAGCGCAUUGAAAAGCUUCAUCAUUUAGGUAAAGCGCUGUUAGACAUGUGGAAGCUUAUUGAUACACCAGAAAAGGAUCGUCAGCAGUUUUUUCAUGUCGUUAAUUUAAUGGUGAUCCCAUCAAAACAAAUAACAAAAGCUGGAAGCCUCACCCCUAGCAUCAUCCAACAGGCUGAGACUGAAGUAAAGAGACUAGAUGAACUAAAAACAAGCAAGAUGAAAGAGCUUUUUGUCAGAAAACAGUUUGAACUUCAAGAUAUAUGCAGUAGAUCCCACAUGGAAAUUCCUUCCCCAUCUGAAAUGGAAAACAUUACACAGCAAGUAGACUCAGGAACAAUUGACCUAGUCUAUCUACUCAAGAGUAUGGAUGAACAGAUUGCUAAAGCAGAAGAAGAAGCUUUGAGCAGGAAAGCCAUAAUGGAAAGGGUCGAUAAGUGGAUGUUGGCACGUGAUGAAGAACGGUGGUUGGAAGAAUAUAACAGGGAUGAAAAUCGAUAUUCAGUCAGCAGAGGUGCUCACAGGAAUCUAAAACGUGCAGAAAAGGCCCGAAUCACAGUGACAAAGAUCCCAGCUUUAGUAGAUAUGUUGAUUUCAUUGACCAAAUGUUGGGAAGAAGAGAGAAAGAAAAUGUUUUUGUAUGAUGAGGCACCUCUUUUAGCGAUGUUGGAAGAAUACAUGGCGCUGCGGCAGGAGAAGGAAGAAGAGAAGCAAAGACAAAGGUUGGAAAAGAAAAAAGUAGUAGCUGGGCAAAAUAGUUCUCCGAUGAGUCCUAGACCAGGCACCAGUGCUCGACAUGCCCCGAACAGAAGCUUAAGUGGUACUUUCAACAGCAGUUCGCCUAUGCGCAGAAACUUGAAUGGAAGUCCUGCAAACAGAAGAUUAUCACUGGGUGCACAGCAAGGAGGGUCAAACAGCUUCAACAUACGAAGUUUAGGCACAUCAUUCAUGCAGGAAGGAACAAAAUCAUUAAGACAGCAAAUGUAUGCUCAAAAUGAAUAUGGCUCUCACCUAAGAGAUGAGACAGCUUCGGUUGUAUCAACCUAUUCUGGGCCGUUAUCUCCUGAAAUCUAAGAGCACUCACUGGAACAAUGCUAUAGUUGAUAAUAUAGCAUAGAUCUAAAGCUUUUGUGAAAAAAAUAACAUAAAAAAUUCUGAGUACGAAACCCCACACCCUUCUCCCGCAUAUUCUCUUUUGUGAAGUUUUCUGCAUUUAUUCAGGAGAAAAUGUAUGAAGUGUUUCACUGGACAGGUUUGUGUAAUAUAUAGAGUUUGUUUUUAAACCUACA